AUGGCGUCGACCUCCGCCUCCCAUCAGCAGCAACCUCCUCAAUCGACCGAUUUCUCGGUGCACCAACCGCCACAUACCUCCCACAUGGACCACAAUGCGCAGCUUGCGACCAGUGGAUACGGUCCCAACGACAAUCAGCUGGCAGGUCUGGUGGAGGCAGCAACCGCUGCUGCGGGCCAAGAUGUUUCGGAGUGGGCGGCGGCGGCAGCAGCGGCGGCGGCGGCCGGUCAUCAUCAUCUCGAAGGAUACGGCGCAGAUUUACACCUAGGGGACGAUGGCUUUGGAGACGGAGGAUUUGGCAACAUUGGCACCACUCCCGGUGCGGGACGACAGCUCAGAGGAUCAACGUCGAACGCGCAGGGUCAACCAGGACAAACAUCGGGCUUAUCGCGAACGGUGUCGAGGAAGCGGAAACGAGGAGAGGAUGCUCUUGAUCCUGCGCUGACUGCUGCUGGCGGCGCUGCUGGUGAUGGACAGCCACACCAGCAACAACAACAACAGCAACAACAGCAAGGGCAGCAGCAGCAGUUCAAUGGGGAUAAUUUGGACAUUAGAGAGCUACCGCCGCAGCAAUCGCUGUCCGAAGCCAGGGCUGCUGGAGUGCAUUCGGCUGCAGCGUUGUUCCGACAGCCUUCCAGCAACAAGAAAUACACCCGUCCUCCCAUGUCGAAGCUGUUUGCGUCUCUGGAGCUGUCACCAGAAAACUUCCUCCAUCUACAGGCAGCCGCCAAGGCCUACAUGUUGGAUGAAAACCACCCGGAGCGGCGGGAAUGCGUCGGCCAGCGUGGUAAGGGCGACACGGAGAUGGUCAAAUUGCGACUAUGGAACUGCGUGCGACACUUUCUGGAGCAAGAAGGGUAUGGAGAACGUUUCUUUGGGGAGCAUGUUGUCAACGAGGGUAUGCCGCCGCGCCAAUACGUGUGGCCGCGCGACCAGCACAAGAUCAUCUCUCUGGUGAUUCCGCUGCUCCGACGCAUGGUCACGAACGAGCGACAACGGCAGUAUGCCAUCGAGACGCGUAAAGGAGGUGGGGCUGAGGAGCGGAGGAGAAGAAAGACCGAGGAGAGCAUGCAGAACCUCAACGCGGCAUCGCAGCAAACCUCGCCGGCCCAAGCACAGCAGCAACAGCAGCAGCAACAACAACAGCAGGUGUCGUCCCAGAAUCAGCCGGCUCCAGCGCAUUUCCCACCACCACCACCCAUGCCGGUUCCUGAAAUGCCGCCUUCUGCGCAGUUGGACCUCUCCAGUCUGGUAAUGGAAGGAUAUCCUACCGACUGGAAUAGCAUCUCCGAGUCGUACAAUAUGUACAACCAAGACUACCAGCUAGACAAUCUGUGGAGCGUAUCGGGACUGCAGCAACCGGACUGGUGGGGAAUCGUGGCGGCUGUGGACAGCCACUACAAGGUACUGCACAAUGGCGACGCGUCUCAAUGCAACAAAACGUGUGAGGACAUUCAGAUCAACCGGAUCUUGUCUUCGGAUGCGCUGGCCCAUGCGAACUGGAGGGUGGGUGGAACCGAGAAUUCACCUGCCCGUAAUGAAUUUGCCAGCAGCAUCACUCGGGAUGUUUCGCGUAUCAUUCGGGACAACUUGAGCAAACGCGGACCAAACAGUUCGUCUCCACAACUUGAAUCUACCACUGCAGACGCAAACGGGAUCCCUGAACCGCCUCAAUACCUGCAGCAGGUGCAGCAGUCCAACUUUGGGUCCACAGUCACACCAACCACGACGGCGACAGGCGGCGAUCAUCAUGCUACUUCUCCGAUCACGCUUCACUUCAACAUCGUCCAGGACGGAAAGCGAAUCCUGCCGCGGCUGGACGUGUCGGCCGAUCAGUGUCCUGAUCUGGCCAGCAUGCGCCAGUUCAUCUCUCGCCGCUAUGCGGGCCAACUGCCGGUUUCUGGGUUUGAUGAGAAUGGAGCGCCGGACACGUCGCGAUGGAAGAUCCAGGUGUGGCUGCCUGAGGGUUUAGUGCCGGUGCAGAACGACGGCGAAUGGACGAUUGCGCAGUUGUCGGCGGGAACGGUGGAUUGGAUGGAUGGCGAUCUGCGGGUGGUUGUCGAUUUACUGUAUUUUAUUGUCCAGUUUUCGUCCAUUCUCCUAUCCUUAACAGAUGCAAUUCAGCCCUUGUCUGUAAGGUCGAUUCCGUUCCUUUCUGGGCCAGACAGACGCCGUAAUGAUUUCGAUACUAGUUACAACUAUCCCAUUUUUUACGUGCCUACUUUUCCCAAGUUGGAAAAAAAAUCUCUCUUGAAUGGAGACCAGAAUCCUUGCUUAGAUAAUCGGUGGAUCGGAUCUGAAGUUGUGUUUGGGGAACCCCACCACCCAUCAAGAUGGAUGCUCAACCGGAAAAUUGCUGAAAGCGAAGAUUGCGCUACCGAAUCUGAUGUCAAGGAGUGUAUGAUGGCCUCUGAAGCCCGCGGUGUCUUUGUUUGUUCAAGUAUUUGUGACCCUACCCAAGAGGCUGUGGUUAAGAUUCGGAUGCAGUCUCGUCAAGUAAGGGCAAGGCAGGCAGAGCCAGACAUGAGGAUAGCGUACAUAACGAGAGGUUGUUCAUCAACGCCUGCACUAUUCGCCUGGAAACAUGAAACCAAAGGUGAUGACGACUGGGUACCGGGGGGUUAUAUAGACUACAUCUUGAUGGAGAAACUUCCAGGGACAAGCCCAGGUUACUGGUCUGGUGCCAUGAAAAGGGAAGAGAGUGAUCAACUCUGCAAAGCGUUCAAGGAAGCAUGGCACUACAUUGUUGACUGGGAGGAGUGGUGUGAAGCUACUGAUGAAGAUGUUUGGCGCGAUACCCAGUACAUUGCGUGGAACCUGGCGUGGGUUCGAAGUCAUAAUUACGACGAUAUGUCAACAUGGACUCUGUGA